AAGCCUGCUGUAGUUUAAAUUAAUGUCAACCUGCCUCCACGCCGGGAGAACAAACCCAGCGCAGAUAGUGAAAGUACGUGCUCAGCGUUACCUGCGAGCCGCUCUACAUACAUUAACAUGGCUCGGCGGCCGAGAAACAGUGUUUACAGCAGUGAGGAGGAUGAGGAGGAGACCGAGAUGUAUGAACACGAUUAUGACGGAUCAAUGGCCAAGGCGGGGAAACGCCACCUCGGCAAAACACGCUGGACACGAGAAGAGGAUGAGAAGUUGAAGAAACUGGUGGAGCUGAAUGGAUCAGAGGACUGGAAACUCAUUGCAAGCUUACUAACUAACCGUACAGAUGUGCAGUGCCAGCACAGGUGGCAGAAGGUUCUCAACCCAGAGCUCAUCAAAGGGCCAUGGACCAAAGAGGAGGACCAGAGGGUGAUCGAGCUGGUCCAGAAAUACGGAGCCAAGCGCUGGUCGGUGAUCGCCAAGCACCUGAAGGGCCGCAUCGGCAAGCAGUGCAGAGAGCGCUGGCACAACCACCUGAACCCGGAGGUGAAGAAGACAUCCUGGACCGAGGAGGAGGACAGGAUCAUCUACCAGGCGCACGAGAAGCUGGGAAACCGCUGGGCUGAGAUUGCUAAGCUGCUACCUGGCAGGACUGACAACGCUAUAAAGAACCACUGGAACUCCACCAUGAGGAGAAAGGUGGAACAAGAGGGCUACCUGCAGACCGCAGCCAAGAACGGCAACUCCUCACUCUCCAUCGGCCACGGCUACGUCAAGACCGGGAACCACAUCAUGAGUUUCUCUCAUCACUCGCCCAGUCACGCACAGCUGCCCCCCUCGUCGCCACUUAACUACACAUACAUCACCGAAACACACCGAGUACCAUUCCCACUGGCCCUGCAUUUGAACAUCAUGAACAUGCCCCAGCCUGGAACUGCUGCUAUACAGAGACACUAUAGUGAGGAGGACCCUGAGAAGGAGCAGAGGGUGAAAGAGAUCGAACUGCUGCUCAUGUCAACAGAGGACGAGCUUAGAGGCCAGCCUUCACUACCAAUGAAUUUGUCGUACCCAAGCUGGGUCAGCUCUUUGACUGACGGCGCCGAGGCGAUGGCAAUGUUAUUACCUCAUCACCAGGCGUCCGCUCCCGCCCUUCCUCUCGACCAGAGCUGCCUACCGGAGGAGAGUGCGUCUGCAACACGGGCCCACAGCAACAGACACCGCAACAGUAACAACAACAAUAACAACAACAACAGCCAUCACAGCAGUCCAACGUUCUCAAAUCCUAUGCCAGAGUUCAUGGAGUCCGUCAUUGAUUCAAGCGCUCUCAGAGCAGACAGGGUCUCGCCCAAUCAAAGAUCAAGAAGUGCUCAUGAAGCAUGGGCGGGCAUCAUGUGUUCGACUCCUAAGCCUUCAGCAGGCAGAAACCUCCCCUAUUCACCCUCACAGUUUCUCAACCAGUCCAUGAGCUCCGAACACUCAGACAACGACAGUGUAUCCAUGAGCUCCCCUGUGGACACCAAGCCUCUGAUCGACCACAGCAUCAGGUCUCAGAAGGAGAAUGAAAUGUUCAGAACCCCAAAUAUCAGGCGCUCAAUCAUGGAGUCGUCUCCUUGUACACCGACGCCUUUCAGGUCCACCCUGGCCCUCCAGGAAGCCAAGUACGGGCCCCUCAAAAUACUGAACACCCCUUUGCAGCAGCAGAUGGUAGAUUCCAUCAAGCAGGAGCCGAUGGAGUGUGCCAUUGAGCAGCCUCCUCUGAAGAAGAUCAAACAGGAGGUGGAGUCACCAUGUGAGAGGAGCCCGUGCAUGCAGUGGGAAGGACAAGACCUCCACACACAGCUCUUCUCCCCCAGCGGCCCUGCACAGGAAGUACCUGACCUUCUUACCAGCUCCAUACUGAGUGAAGAUGGACACAAAGCCUACCACUCCUCUCACAGAGGCAUUGGCAGCCCACUACAGCAGCAGCUCAGUUCCUGGGAGCACGUGACCUGUGGGAAAACAGAGGAGCACAUGUUGGGCUCUGAACAGAGCCACAAGUACAUCAACACUUACUCUACGAGGACGCUGGUCAUGUAGGCAGAGACACAUGUUGAUCCUGAAACAUCAACAGUCCUGUGCUGGACGCAGAGCAGCAGGAUGCAUUUUUGUUGUGGUACAACAGUUGGGAGAGGCUCUAUGCCACUUUGUGUUUAUACACUCACACUUGUUGGAUUUCAACCAACCAAAGACUUUUUCUGUUUUUUUUUAAAUCUUUUAUAUAAAAUUGCUUUUGGUUUUUAGAAACGUGCGCCUAUCACUUUUGGUCUUGUCCUUGUAUUAUUAUUCAUGUUUGUAUUAUAAAUGGGAAAUGGUGGCUAUAUAAUUUCAUUGGGCUGUAUUAUUAAUUCUGAAUUUUGAUAUUAAUAUAAUGAACAAGUUGAUUAAUUUAUUUCUUUUGUUUUAAUAAUGACUUUGUUGUUGCUUUUUUUUAAAAACAAUUGGCCAGUGGAGCAGUGUUGUAAGUUAAGUAUUUAAGCCCUUUAAGCAUUAUCAUGAAUCCAAAGGCAUGUUCAUUUAUUCAAAACUGACCUCAUGAAAUGUUUCCAUUAUUUUGUAUUUCAUGUUUUUUAAAGCUACACUGGGUCUACUGAGAAUUUCAAGUGUUUGGUCUGUGCCACUUCAUGUAAACACUUAACUACAGCUGAAUGUGUUCUUAAAUCACCUUUUACUUUGAAUUAUGUUUUUACAAAACCUUUCGGGGCCAGCCUUAUUAGUAUUACCAAAUCACCACAUUGGCACCUUUAUGUCACAGAAACUUAGUUUUCAUUUCAACGUCAAUUCAAUGAACAAACAUUUGCUAUAAUUUCAGAGUACGAGGUGCAUGUGGGCAUUUAGAAAUUUGAAACGAGCUUCUCUGUCUGAACCAUGAGCUUCACCCAGUAAGAGUUAGACCAAGCUGCACUUGAUUUUCUAUUCUCUGUAGAAAGCGAGAGUACUAAACACUGAUAUUUUAUACAUUUUGCUACAAACAGAAGCCCAAUUGAAACUUUUGUAUGUUUGUUUUUUAAACAUUUCUAUGAAUAGUUUUGUACUGUUUUAUAACGCAUACUCAAUCAGCAUUGUGCUUUCUUACUAAGACUGCAGUAGCCCAUGUCAAACACUUAGACAAUCUUUUUAUAAAGCCUUUUUUAUACUAGCUUUUUGAGCAGAAAUGAUUUUAUAACAGCAUUUUUACAUGCCAAGUUUUCACCUUUUUUUACUUUUAUAAACUGCCUAGUAAAUAAAGUGUGUUCUGUUUUUUACCA